ACAGAACCCAAAGCCUUCCUGACAUGAUACUACCCGAAAACGUCGAUGACUUCAAAACACAUUACAGAUUAAGCAGGAAUAUGUUUGACUGCCUUCUGGAGCGUGUCAGAGACGAUUUAAUUAAAGACUUCCAUGGUGGCCGCAACCCAAUUAAUCCUGAUAAGCAGCUUCUCGUUUUCUUAAAUUAUAUAGGCAACCAACAAAGUAUGCGAGAAUGCGCCCACAUAUUUGGAUUGUCGAAAUCAACUGUUCAUAGUGUUGUUGCAUCUGUAGCUGACGCCAUUGUAAAGUUACAUUCUCAGGUUAUAAGAUGGCCAGAUGCUGAUAGACAGAGAGAAAUUGCAAGAGAAGUUGAAGAUAGUGUGGGCAUAUCUGGUGUUGUGGGCUUUAUUGAUGGAACACACAUUCGUUUAGCAAGUGCCCCAGGUGGUGAACAAGACUAUUACAACAGAAAAAGUUUCCCUUCGAUUCAGCUACAGGCUGUUGUUGACAACAACAUGACGAUUACCAAUGCUUACUGUGGCUGGCCAGGAUGUACCCAUGAUGCUCGAGUUUUAAGGAACUCUGAACUAUUCUCAAAAGCAGAAAAUGGUACAUUAUUUCUUCAAGAUCAUUUUCUUUUGGCCGACAAUGCCUACCCUUUGAGGAAUUGGCUCAUUUCUCCCUUUAAGAAUUAUGGCAAUUUGUCUCCACAACAAAAGAGGUUUAACAAAAAAGUGUCAAGUGCUCGACAAACAGUGGAACGAUCAUUUUCUCAUUUGAAGGGGCGUUUCCGUCGUUUGAAAGAAGUUACCUUCCACAACCCUACACAAAUUACAAAACUUGUUAUAUCAGCAUGUGUAUUGCAUAAUCUCUGUGUUAUUCAUCGUGAUGAUUUGGACGAAUACAUGGACGAAGGAAAUGAUGACGACCCUGGAAAUGAUGAAGCUUAUGAGCAUGGACAUCAUGGAAUUCUUCGUAGAACCAGGCUCCUUCAGCUGGUGUAGGAUUGUUAAAGCAAGAUUGUUGAUGUUUGUUGGUUUUGAAGGACUAUCAACCAAGGUCACUUUCCAUUGAUAUUAUUAAA